ACAUUUUGCAGCCGCACUCCCGCGAAUAUAUAUCUUCCUAACCUGCUCCAAGCCAGUAACUUUGUUCCUCUCGCUGCUGCGCCCUUUAUCUCGCUGCAAUUGCAGCUGCUGCUCGGCUUGUAUAUCAUCCCAAGCAGGAUCGCGGAACUGCAGUUUUGUGAAGAUGUAUACUGCAAAGCAGAAGAUUCACAAGGACAAGGAUGCUGAACCCUCUGAAUUUGAGGAGUCUGUUGCUCAGGCUUUCUUUGAUCUGGAAAAUACCAACCAGGAGCUGAAGAGUGACAUGAAGGAUCUCUACAUAAAUUCAGCAAUCCAAAUUGAUGUUGCUGGGAAUAGAAAAGCUGUCGUUAUCCAUGUUCCUUUCAGAUUGAGGAAAGCUUACAGAAAGAUUCACGUUAGGCUUGUGAGAGAACUUGAGAAGAAAUUCAGUGGAAAGGAUGUAAUCCUGAUUGCUACCAGGAGGAUAUUAAGGCCUCCAAAGAAAGGCUCAGCUGUUCAAAGGCCUCGCAGCCGCACACUUACUGCUGUGCAUGAGGCAAUGCUGGAAGAUAUUGUACUGCCUGCUGAAAUUGUUGGCAAGCGCACGAGAUAUCGCAUUGAUGGAUCUAAGAUAAUGAAGGUUUUCUUGGACCCAAAGGAGCGAAACAACACAGAGUACAAGUUGGAGACUUUUGCUGCAGUUUACAGGAAGCUUUCAGGCAAAGAUGUUGUGUUUGAGUUUCCAGUAACAGAGGCAUAAAAGGUUGAGAGAUGUGGCAUCUUUUGCAUGUUUUUCACAGAAACUGCUUUAGUUAGCUAUUUAAAUUUUGAAAAUUGAGUCGAUUUACCUGGAAUUGUUUGUGGUGGAUUCAUUUCCUUGAAUGUGAUUUACUACUUUACUCUUAAA